UAAAAGCGAAGCACGCGCCUCAUCCAAGAUGUCUGCGCCCGGGGAGAACACGUUUGAAGACGAGGAGCGAGACGUUGUGGAGGACAUGGACGAGGAAGGCAGCGACGACGACGACGGAGGGGAAGGGAUGGAGGAGGAAGGAGAAGGGGAGAGGAAGGUGUACGUGCCCGGGAUCGAGCCGCUCCAGGCCGGGGAGGAGCUGGAGAUGGACCACUCCGCGUACCGCAUGUACCACGAGUGCCAAACAGGCGCUCCGUGUCUGAGCUUCGACAUCCUGAGAGAUGCGGAGGGAGACCGGAGGGAGCAGUUCCCGCUGUCCAUGCUGGUGUGUGCGGGCACGCAGGCAGACACCGCUCUGAAGAACAGACUGCUGGUCAUGCGCAUGCAUAACCUUCACGGGACACAGAAAGACAAGGAGGGAGAAGAAAGCAGCGACGAAGAAAGUGAUGAAGAGGAGGAGGAGGAGGAUCAGGCUAAAAAACCACAGAUGGAACUGGCCAUGAUGCCCCACUACGGAGGGAUCAACAGAGUCAGAGUGACCCAGUGUGGGGAGCUGUCGUUGGCUGCCAUGUGGUCCGAGAAGGGACAGGUAGAAAUAUUCAACCUCCGACGUCCGCUGGAGGCCGUCCACAGUUCUGCUGCCAUGGCUGCGUUCGUCAAACAGCAAGAGGAAGCCACACCGCUCUUCACUUUCUCAGGGCACAUGAGCGAAGGCUUCGCUCUCGACUGGUCCCCGAAAGUUCCCGGUCGCCUCGUCAGUGGCGACUGCAAGAAGAACAUCCAUGUGUGGGAGCCGAAAGAAGGAGGGACUCUGUGGCAGAUCGACCAGCGGCCGUUCAGUUCGCACACCAAGUCUGUGGAGGACCUGCAGUGGUCGCCCACUGAAGCGACGGUUUUUGCAUCGUGUUCGGUGGAUCAGUCUAUUCGUAUCUGGGAUAUCCGUGCCCCUCCCAAUUCCAUGCUCUCGGCCGAUGAAGCGCACACGUCAGACAUCAACGUGAUCAGCUGGAACAGGAGCGAACCUUUCCUCCUGUCCGGAGGGGACGACGGCCUUCUGAAAGUGUGGGACCUGCGGCAGUUUAAGACCGGGCGGCCCGUGGCCAACUUCAAGCAGCACAGCGCUCCCGUCACCUCGGUGGAGUGGAACCCCGUCGACUCCAGCGUCUUUGCGGCGUCGGGCGCGGACGACGUCAUCAGCCAGUGGGAUCUGUCUGUGGAGUCCUGCGACGUGGGCGCCAGGGUGGAAGGGGUGAAGGACCUCCCCCCUCAGCUCCUCUUCCUGCACCAGGGCCAGACCGAGAUCAAGGAGAUCCACUGGCACCCGCAGAUCCCCGGUGUGAUGGUUUCAACCGCCCUGUCAGGAUUCAACGUGUUCAGGACGAUAUCUGUGUAGCGAGUGAGUGCGCGCGGUUCGUUUUUAAUAAAUACUUUGGUAUUCACACGAGUAGCUCACAUUUUGUGCAUUGAGCAGCAAAGAACUUGUAAUAAUGUGUAUAUAGCUAGGUUAUGUAAGUAAUAAAUUUUUUUGACAUUUAUUUGCCGACAUCGACGCCAUGUGUUGCUCCGACUGAGCCCUCGAGUCUGCUCUGCAGAUGUGUCAAGUAUUUACGGUAUUUCUCGGUGCAUGUUAAAA